GUACACAAUCCACAAGUCCUACUAAUGUAUUAACAUACAAAUGUUCACUAAUCCAUAGGCCUACACACAGCUUAUCAGAAAAGAAUUGUUCAAAGUAGGCCUACAUUUUAAAAAGCUUUUUUUUCCACUAUGUACACAAAGCUCUAUGGUACUGUACUUUAACCCUAACUGCCCCUAGUAAAGCUAACUGUGUUUUUUGGUAUUUGACCCUCAAAGAGUCCUUUGUUAGGGUUAAGCAGUGAAGCAUAACACUGUAUGCCCUAACCAUGACCACAAACACUGACCUGCCUGGUUGUCCAAAUGCUGCCAACCUGUUGACCACAUAUUAUUACAUGUACAGGACAGCCAGUUUGUUGCAGUAUCAUGGCCAGUAUUCAUGAGCAGCCCCGUGUUAUACUGUGGUCAGUCCCUCGUUCCUGCACCACGGCAGUCCUGCGCUCCAUCAGCAAUCUAGAAGGCGGGGUUUUCUACAAUGACCCCUACAACAAGGCCCUCGUUGGGGGACCAGAGUGUGAAUCUGCGUCCACCCCAGCCCCAAGAGCCACGGCCAUUCUGCCUAGUGCAGGCUCUGCAUACGACUCCUCUAUCUUCACAUACGCCUGGGUGAAGAAGACACUGGAGGCAGAACACAAGGAUGCCAGCUUGGUAUUCGUCAAGGAUUUUGCCAUGAGCCUUACAGGGAAGGUGGAUAUGGAUCACCUGCCUCAUGGGUACCGCCACACUUUCCUAAUCAGGAAUCCAAACAAGGUCAUACCCUCCUGGAGAAAAUGCCAUGAUGAGUGGAGACCAAGCAAACCAUUUCUUGAUGAGGAGGCAAAGGAGGAGUGGCACAAAGCCGACAUGGGGGAGCACGCGGGUUUCAAGGACCUCCUGGAACUCUACCAGUAUGUCAGAGAAAACCUGGAUCCGGCGCCGUUUGUCAUGGAUGCCGACGAUUUGGUCUCCCAGCCCGAGACUGUGAUGGCUGCCUACUGCAAGGCCACUGGAAUUCCUUUCAGCAGGAAGCUGAUCGAAUGGGAGAAUGACGGCUCACCGAUGUACGCCAAAUGGAUCACUUGUCAGGACCAGCUAGGGUACUUCAACUGUGACUACCACACCAACGACAGGAGCAGUAGUGGCUUCAGGAAGAACGAAGACCUGCCCAAACCAGCUUCGACAUCCGUAACCAAUCCUAAGGCCAUUGAACAAAUCGCUAAGUGUGUGCCUUACUACGAAAAACUCUAUCGUGAACGCUUUGUCCCGUAA